AUGCGCAGCAAAGUACCUGUAGGCAAGUCCUCACCUCGUCCUCACGUGCAGGUUAAUAACUACGGGCGAAUUAACUCGCUCGGCGAUGACAUCCGUGUAGCCAUGGCGAAGAACGCGAGCAAGGCGGCAAGUCCUACCGCCGCCUCCGGUGCGAGCUGUGACGGGGACGACGGAGACGAAGCAAACGGCGACGACGCCGAGGAGGAUUGGCUGGAGAACGGCCACGACGACAGCGCUUCAGGCGACGAUGUAGGUCCUGCUGACAUCGAGGAGGACGACUGGUGGAAUCGGCCGGUCGGGAGCGACGACGAGGUGGAAGAGUGGCAUGCUGGUGAUUCCGACAACGACGGAGGUAAAGAUGCGCAGGGUAACAACGCGGAGGCAGCGGCGGAUGCACAGGAAGCGGCGGUGGAUGCGAAUGAGGAGGCUGACGACGAGGCGGGGGCGGAACUUGAGACAUUUGCGCCUGCGGAUGCGGCCGCAGUUGCGGAUGCGGAAGGCGAGGAAGGCGGCGACGACGACCCAUGGAGCUUUGGGACCGACGACGACGUCCCGCUACUGAAGCGGAGGCUGCGCCAUCGCCUACAGUCCACGUCAAAGCGGGCCCGCGUGGUGCUCUCUGACGACGACGGUCCGGGGGAGGAGCGUCGCCCGAUACUCACCGCUGCGGAGAAGGGGAAAGCCAAGGUCGCGGAAGCCCCUGCUAAGGCCCCAGCUAAAGCCCCUGCUCGUCGCCGCACAAGCAACAAGAAGCUGACAUCCGACGGAGACCCGGGAUCCAGCAAGGGUGCGGCUAAGAAGAAGGCAAAGAAGGCGCCGACUCCUGACGACAUCGCCGUGAACGAGCCGCUGGGCAGCGACGAUGAGUACGCGGCGGCGGCAGGCCCGAUUCCCACGUUCCCUGAGAAGGACAACGGGUGGAUGGACGAGACCGCUGUGCAGACCUGGCUGUCCAAGGAGGUGUUGCCCCAUCUGAAACCCCAGCGCGGCCAGAACGCAAGGCGGGCGAUGCUGGUGUUGGAUUCCUACCGCGGGAACCUGCGGAGGCCUCCGCACCCCGUGGUGCUGCAGUGGAUCGCGGAGGCUUGGGAUCAAGUCCCCAAGCAGAUCAUCAUCGACGCGUUCCGCCACUGUGGGAUCUCGAGCAAGCUGGACGGAACAGAGAACCACCUGGUGAUGUCUCACCUACGCGCCAGGAGCACCACCGAUGUCUCCGCGGACAUGCCUCUCGGGGGGACCACAGGUGACAACACGCGCCUGCUCGGUCGGGCUCUAGAGGAGGAGGAGGAGGCGAUGCAGGCGGAGGGCGUGCGGGAGGUGGCCGUGGCAACCGGCCUGGAGGUGCUGUACCAGGAGACCCCCAACUACCGCGGAGCGGCGGCCGAGGCUGACCGCAUGAUCGAGCCUAGGGAGACGGCUAGGCAUGCCUGGCGAGUGCCAGACCUGGGUGUAGAGCCUGAUGUUAGUGCAGGUGUGGAGGCGGUGACUGAGGGGGGUUAG